UCAGCCAUGCUUAAUUUAAUUUAUUUAUUUUCUAGUUGGCAGUGUAAAAAUACUCUGUCAUUUUAAACACUGCUCGUCUAUCUAUUUAGGCAAGAUUAAGACUACCUUGGAACGCUCUUAUUAACCAUAAAUGAGCGAGAAAAAGUCCGAAACACAUUACUCAGACGACGACCUCGACGAUCUGGAUGACUUGCUUGAUGACUUCGACGACGAAAUUCUGAGUAAGCCGCCCGGAGCAACGCUGAAGCAAGAUCAGGAGCUCACGAUCGCACCGGACGAAGAGCCUAAUUUGGAUGAUAAGGAGCUGUUCGGCAAACUGUUGCAGGAAAUAGGUUCCCAGGACCCCGAUCUCUCGAAGAACCUUGGCAGUUUUCUGGACGAUAUUGGCAAACAGAACACCGGGCCGUCGUCUCCUCAGCCGGCUACGAAGAACAAUUUCCAGGACGUGAUUUCAGAAACGAUAAACCGGCUCAAAGAGAGCGGAGAGCAGGUAGACAAAUCCAUAAAGCAAGAAGACGGGAAUGACGAACUGAUUACUAAUUUGCUCAAGUCGCUUGAUCUUAAUUUAGAUCUUAAAGGUUUAGACGGGCAAAAUGGGGGAGUCGAGGACGUUGGCAAUUUAUUGGUCGAGAUGUUGGAAAAAUUGUCGUCCAAGAAUGUCUUGUACGAGCCAUUAAACGACCUAUACCAGAAAUUCCCUGCGUGGCUCGAACAACCUGAAAAUCAACAGGACGAGAAUUUCUCCAAGUAUCAGCAACAAUACGCCGUGAUCAGGGAAAUCAUCAGCACAUUCGACCUUCCCGACCACGAGGAUAAGAAGAACAAAGAUAUCAUCAACAUAAAAUUGGAGGAGUUACAGGAAUUAGGAAUGCCCCCAAAGGAAUUACUUAACGACGACCUAAAGUUCUUGAAUUUCGGAGGAAACUCCGAACUGGAGCUAGAUGACAACGAUAUCCCAGAGGAUAUUAACAAAGAACUGGAAGACACUUGCAAACAAACAUAGUCUUGAAAAGUUUCUAAACCCUUAGAAACACCCCAAGACUAUUGCAAGUGCCAUCAGGACAAAUCAGACAUCCAAGGAAGUUAGGGCGGUCACGAAUGCACCAGGAGAGAUUUUUGGGUUCGCCCCUCCUGUGGGUGUGCAUCUACCGAGGAAACUGCGAAUGUUUAUGGUAACUUUUCAUCAUUUUGUCCCAAUGGCACCUGCAACAGAAUGGUGCGUUGCAUCAAAUGGCAGACUUCCAAGUACAUAAGACUUGAUCAUAAACUGCUGGUCAGAAAUGUAAAUUACUGGCAAGUAAAAAGCUCCACAAAUACUCGCAAAAACGAGUAAGAGUAACGGGAAAGAAAAAUGAAUCACUUGCAAAAGUGACCCAUAUUCAGACCCUAGAGCGUUUCUAAACCCUGUCGUCAUCGUCGCAAUAAGAUUGGGAAAGAAGAACUCGGUUUUCAUCACUAAGCAGUCAUGAUAGUCUCAUACCAUUUGAUGCAACUCUUCUACUGAAGAAACAC